AUGAAGACCAACGCCCUCAUUUCCCUACUUGGCCUGUCCGGAAGUGCCCUGGGCGCAGCUAUGGACAAGGGCCAUCAUGAGCCCUUUGGCUACAAAUCCGGCUCGAAGGAGUCGAUUGCUAACAUGAAGGACAAGGUCGAGAACGUUGUCUGGAUCCUGCUGGAGAACCGCGGAUUUGACAAUAUCUUGGGUGGAGUGAAGAAGAAAGGGCUGGACAACGUCGUCAACAAUGGCCCUUUCUGGAACCCCGAAAGAGUCAACGACACUAGCAGCAAGAAGUGGCCUAGCCAGUAUAAGAAUUACGACUCGGUUCUCCAUGAUCCCGACCAUACAGUGACUGGUGUCAACUUUGAGCUUUACGGUUCUUACAGUCCUGACAAUGAGGCCAUCGCCAACGGCUCUUUGACUCCCAACCUGGAGGGCUUUGUCAACCGCCAAAUGCUGCGCUACCCCAGUAUCUCCGCCCAGCGAGCCACAGACGAAGUCAUGGGAUAUUACUCUGAAGACCAGAUCCCCACUCUCGUUGACCUGGUUGAUGAGUUUACCACUUUCAACUAUUGGCACUCGUGUGUUCCUGGUCCCACCAAUCCCAACCGUCUCUGCGCCGUCUCAGGUAUCACCGAUGGACAUGGUAAAAACGACAAGAGCUUCGAUGUCUCCAGCAUAGACGCCACCAGCAUCUUCCAAGUUGCCUCAGAGAAAGGCAUCUCCUGGCUGAACUAUGACGGCACCAACGGCGCCUUCAACCCUGACUCCAUGUUCUUCGACUGGACCACCAGAAACGCCAAGAGCAACGUCGUCCCGCUCGAGAACUUCUAUCAAGACGCUUAUCUCGGUCUCCUGCCCCAGCUGUCAUAUAUCAACCCGUCCUGCUGCGGCCUGAACACGAACUCCAUGCACCCUGCCGGAAAUGUCUCCUUCGGCCAGGUUCUCUUGAAACAAGUCUACGACGCCGUCCGCACUGGCCCUCAGUGGGACAAGACCCUCCUACUCAUCAGCUUUGACGAGACAGGUGGAUUCUUCGACCAUGUCGCGCCCCUACUGGCCGUCCGCCCAGACAACAAGACCUACACUGAGACUGCUUUCGAUGGCAGCAAGUAUACACUCAAUUUCGAUCGCCUGGGCGGUCGUAUGCCCACUUGGUUGGUUUCUCCUUAUACCCCUCGUGGCCACAUCGAAAAUUUCGGCACCGAUCCCGUCACUGGUGAAUCUUCCUCAUAUAGCGCUACCUCCGUGUUAAAGACGCUUGGCUACUUGUGGGAUUUGGAGGAUAUGAGUCCCCGUGUGGAGCAUUCGCCUGCCUUUGAUCAUCUUAUUGGCCCGAAGGCGCGCUCUUUCACACCGGCUACUCUCAAGAACCCUCACACGUUCCCCGAUGCUAUUUAA